AUGGGACGACAAGCCUAUUUGAAUCGGCUCGCUUUGGUAAGGCCACCAUCUGGCCGGUCACCAUAUGAAGUCCCAGAUAAUGCGACAGUUGAUCCCACAAAUCCCGUCAGACGGGUCUCCGAGGUUCAUGCAGACAAUUACAUGCAGGAGUAUGAUGCGCGAGGCCAUCCUGUCAACACCGAGUCUAGAAUUCUAGGGAAAGGCCUCCGGAGAGCGAAAAAUGACAUUCUUUCAACAAUGGGAAUUGUCGUGAGCAGAGAAGAUCGAAAAACAGGCAAUCCCAAUGUACAGCAAAAGCUCGACCAGAUCGCCAGCGAAAAUGACUUUGGGUUGGUCAUAACCACUCUUGACCAGCUGUUCAUUUUCUUUGGUACCUGGUGGACGUCGUCUCUCACUGGUCGAGUUCAGACCUAUAAACAUUAUGCGCAUUCUGCGUUGAUGAAUGCUAUUCAACUGGAGAGAGACUCAAUGGGGGUCCUCAAUUUCUACUUCGCAGGAAUUCCAGCAUGGGCAGUGUCAAGUGGUUUGGCUAUAGCUCGAGAAGGUCCGCUCAAGCGCGUUUUCGUGUCUCUUCGAGACUAUGCUCAGUACUUGACGGGCGAGUCAAGAUUGGUGCGGUCUCUUUUCGGUGCGGCCUACACAGUGGCGAGAAACUCGGUACUCAUGCUUUCUGUAGAGUUCUACAUGUACUCCACGCUCCAAUCUCUCUCGCUUGUGUCUCCCUACUCAACCUCGGGAUUGAAGCUCCUGAUUCCAUUUGGCGAGCAGUCUCUGCUGCGGUUACCAACUUUGCCCACCGACUUUUCUCCUUGCUCCCUGACUACAUCGCUUGUCGGUUUUUUGACAUCUCCUAGUGUUCUAGUCAUUCUCUAUGGCUAUUACCUCCGGCCACAGCUUGAAGAGCGUAUCUAUCGGUUGAUACGAAGACGCCUUCCGAAGCCAAGUCUUCCAGAUGAGCUUUCUGUCCGAGUGGCAUAUGAAGAAAACCUGAUAGAAUGGGUGGUACCAAGUCUGGGUCGCAGGUCAGAUGAAGAAUUGCAUCGAUCCAAACUCACACUUUUUCAAGACAUGAAGUGUGAAAUCGAAGUUUUCCGAAGAUGGUUGUUCUCAUUCUUUGGGCUGAUAUCGAGCAAUUCGACAAAUCAGCAAGACCAAGAUCAGCAAUUCUUCAGAGAAGAGCGGGUUGAAACCCUGCAGAACUCUUUUCACAUGCUACGGCAACAACUUGAGGAGGCCCAGCGCAAUCUUCCGUCUGAAGAUGGACCAAAUCAAACUGCUUCUCGCCCACCGGGCUCGACAGAUGCCCGAGCUGCCGCAGUAGCACUGCAAACCCAAGACGCAACCGGAAACACCUCCCUGGAUCAGGAGACAGCAGAUGUCGUUUUGAAUCAGGUGCUUACGAAUGAAAAUCGUAUGUCUCAAUCACCCGGGGAAAUGAGCAAUGAUUACUUCUCCGAGACGGCCACUGCUGGGCGAACGAACGGUUUAUCAACUACUUCAAAUCCGCAAAACUCAUCGAUUGAGCCGCAAGAUGCCGAGAAUGUUGCCCCAGGUCGACAAAUAUCGCGAUCUAACACACUUUUCUCUCGCCCGUCUUCACCGGAGACAUCUCCGCCUACUUCACCUCGUGUCAGAGCAUCACUAAUUCACCAGAACUCCGACUUAGUCACAAUGCAGCUUGAGCUACUGAGUAACAGUGCCCAAAACCCUCAAAAUCACAGUCUCCAUAAUUCCCAGCUGGUGGAACGCGCUCUAGCGGGUGGUCCUCUGUCAUCGAAUGAAGUUCUAGCUACCAUGGACGAAGAGACUAUAACCCAGUUUGUCCAAGCUGCCACGAUGGCCGCUGUUCAUGAUGCUCGUUCGAGGAACAGGGCAGCUCGUCUUGAAAUCAUGAGGUUAGCUAGUGGCGGGGAGACGACCCAGCUUUCACCGGCUGGUACAGACGACCUCUCAAAUGCCAUUGCCAGGGCUUCCAACACAACUCCCGCCCACUUAGAGGCCCCCGAAUCAAGCUCUCAACACUCGACACAAAAUAUCCAGGCCAGUCAGGUCACUUCUGCACCGCGCUUUGAAUCAAUUGAAGAGGCCCUAGAGGCGGUUGUUCCAAACAUUUUACCGGAUGGGGUGGAGGAACCAAAUGACGAGGAAGCAUUCAACGAUUCACUUCCAGUUGCAGUCGUAGAAACCAACGACGAUGCCGAAUCAGAGACCCCCGCACAACCACUUUUCCCCUCCUCUCUCACUCCUGGACAAUCGACAAAUAAUCCUCCAGAGGCUCACCGUGUCACCCUUCUUUCGGCUUACCCUGUGGACUCGCUCGCUUCACACCUCGCUGCUGCAAUCAGCGGAAUCUUACUGGCACCUAUUGAAGCACUUUAUCUUCGUUCAUUAGCUCAAUAUUGGCUGACCACACAUCCUUCCCCUACCACACAGCUCUCAGGGCUCCACCCUCUGGGUCUCUGGUUUGGAGGCAGGACCUGGUCAGAUGUAAGUGCCUAUACUUGCCGACUGGUCCUUAUGAGAGGCAUGCAAGUUGCGAUGAGGGCGGGGAUCUGGGGAUUUCUUGUCGGAUCCACAAUGAGAAUUGGGAGAAAUUUCUGUGGGUGGGGAAAACUAUGA